AAUCAGAAACUAGCUAAAUAAUACAGAAAGCUUUCUGCGCCCCAAAUCCAAACCUGAGUGCCUAAUCUGCAAUCAAUCGCCUCCCAGAAACCACCGGAGCGCUGCAAAGUUUUCUCUUCUUCCUCUGAUCUGAUGUCCGUCCUCAAUUUGUCCCAACUCUGCCGCUCUUGUUCGCUUAUGGCGGAACGUGGGUUUAUUGGGAGUUCUACACCUGUCGAAUCCCAAACCACCAUCGACGGCGCUGAUUCUUCCCCCAGGCUGUUUAUUCGCAGACAAAGCCGGCGUACCAAUCAAACAGAGAACCCAAGGUUUAAGGGUUCUCGAUUCCAGCUUGGGCCCAAGACUACGCAUAGUGGCGGGGAAAUCUUGACCAUAACUGUCAGAAAAUCAAAUUGGGGAACAAUAAAGAUGGGAGAUUUAUCUGAGAGUGUAAUAGCUCAAUCCAAGAUUCAUGAUGUAAAUAAUGGUGUUGAUGUUGUUCGAAUGGGAGAAGUAAAAGAAGAGGAAGUAUUGGUUAAUGACCAUCCGAUCGAGGAAGUGAGGCUGACGGUUCCAAUCACCGACGAUCCAACCUUACCGGUAUUGACAUUCCGAACAUGGGUUCUGGGGCUGGCUUCAUGUGUGUUUCUUUCCAUGUUGAACCAGUUCUUUAGUUUCCGCUACAAUGGUCUCUGGGUUGGAGCGACUUCAGCCCAGAUUCUGGUGUUGCCACUUGGAAAGUUGAUGGCUGCUUUCCUUCCAAGAACAAGGUUCAGGGUGCCUUUCACAAACUGGUCAUUUUCACUGAAUCCGGGGCCGUUCAAUCUCAAGGAACAUGUAUUGAUCACCAUAUUCGCCAGCUGUGGAGCUGAUGGAACUUAUGCUCUCUCUAUCAUUGUUGCUAUUAGGGCUUUCUACCACAGAGGCAUCCAUAUUGUUGCAGCACUGUUGUUGGUUCAAACCACUCAGGAGAAUUUUGGUGGAUUCACCUUAUAUGUGGUAGCCUGGAAAUAUGCCCCAAGUCUCACUUUUCAGGACUCAAUCACUGCUCAACAGCUCGGUUCAGGGUUGAAUGGGCUUGGAAUUGGCUCGUUUGGGUUGGAUUGGUCCACUGUUGCCGGAUCAAUUUGGGGGCAGUGGCAAACCGCUUCAAGUGGAAUGGGAGAGAAUUUCACCGACAUUCAUACAAGAAUUAUGAAAAGGAACUAUGAAGCUGUUCCUCAAUGGUGGUUCUUGGUGAUAAUGGUUAUAUCCCUGUCCCUCUCUUUCGUAACAAUCGAAGGGUUUGGCAAACAAUUGCAGCUUCCAUGGUGGGGCCUCAUUAUGGCAUGUAGCAUCGCUUUAGUAGCAACUUUGCCCAUAGGGAUACUUGUGGCCACAACAAACCAGGGAGUUGGGUUAGACGUACUGACGUCGUUAAUCCUUGGAUAUUUAUACCCUGGAAGGCCUCUUGCUAAUGUGACCUUCCAGACCUAUGGCACUAUUAGCUUGGGACAUGCUCGGAAUUUUCUACAGGACUUCAAACUAGGACAUUAUAUGAAAAUUCCUCCUAAAUACAUGUUCUUCGUUCAGUUAAUAGGUACCAUUGUUGCCACUACAGUUCAAUUUGCAACAACAUGGUGGAUUCUGUCGAGCAUUAAGAACAUAUGUGAUCCAAAGAAGCUACCAGUGGGAAGUCCGUGGACAUGUCCUGGAUAUGAUGUCUUCUACAGCUCUUCGAUCAUCUGGGGAGUGGUUGGCCCACUCAGGAUUUUCAACGAUCGUGGAGUUUACCCUCAAAUGAACUGGUUCUUCCUACUUGGAACGCUUGCUCCAGUUCCUAUAUGGCUGCUGUCACGCAAGUACCCUGAGAAGAAGUGGAUUAGGCAAAUCUACAUGCCGGUUUUCAUUUCGAGUAUGGGCGGGUUACUGCCUGCAAAGCCAAUUCACUACUUGUCAUGGGGUGCUGUUGGAGUUUUCUUCAACUACUACAUAUUCAGGAAGCACAAAGGAUGGUGGGCUAGGCACACUUACAUUCUGUCAGCGGCUCUUGAUGUCGGGAUUGCGUUGUUGGGUUUGUUGCUGUACGUUGCCCUUCAGAGCAGAGAAAUUUUUGGGCUGCAAUGGUGGGGUUUAGAAGCAGAUGAUCAUUGUCCAUUAGCGAAAUGUCCAACGGUUCCGGGUAUUGAGGUUCAAGGAUGCCCUAAGAUUCACUGAUAAAAUUCUCAGAUAUAGAAUGCGGAAAGAGCAUGUGUAUUAUUUGGGGGAUAGCUCUUUAGAAAUUGUGAUGAUGAAGAAUCAUUUGUAUAUUUGACUUUCUGCAGGAAAAGGAAAUAGAGGUUUAUGUUAGAGCUCAGAAACUGGGAUUACAAGAAGUUUGUCCAGUAUUGUACUUUCGGAUGGAAUACUCCACUGCCCUUGUAUGAUGUUAGUAGUCAAAAGAAAGCU